CCAGCCACAAAGGCACUUUGGAAUCACUUCUCCAAUCAGUUUGGCACGUCCAAGGGAAAUAGAUUACAUUUACACACAGAAGCUGAUUGAAGCCAUGAAGCCUUUUGGUGUAUUUGAAGAUGAGGAGGAAAUGAAUUGCAGGUUAGUUGUUCUCGAUAAACUAAAUAACCUGGUCAAAGAGUGGAUUGUGGAAGUUGGUGAAAGGAAGAACCUCCCACCUUCAGUCUCAUCAUACUUUGGCGGCAAAAUAUUCACAUUUGGUUCCUAUCGGCUCGGAGUGCACACAAAAGGGGCUGACAUAGAUGCUCUCUGUGUUGCUCCCAGACAUGUAGAAAGAUCAGACUUCUUCCACUCAUUCUUUGAGAAACUAAAACUUCAAGAUGGCAUCAGAAACCUGAGAGCAGUAGAAGAUGCAUAUGUGCCAGUAAUCAAAUUUGAAUUUGAUGGUAUUGAGAUUGAUCUUGUGUUUGCAAGGCUGGCGAGAGCCACCAUUUCUGAUAACCUGGAUCUUCGGGAUGACUCCAGUUUGAGAAGCCUCGAUAUAAGAUGUAUCCGGAGCUUAAAUGGUUGCAGAGUCACCGAUGAGAUCCUACAUUUAGUACCAAACAAGGAGAACUUCAGGCUGACGCUCAGAGCAAUUAAACUGUGGGCAAAACGACGCGGCAUUUAUUCCAACGUCUUGGGGUUCCUUGGUGGCGUCUCUUGGGCCAUGCUGGUGGCAAGGACGUGCCAGUUGUAUCCAAAUGCGUUGGCAUCGACACUGGUUCACAAAUUCUUCAUGAUCUUUUCAAAGUGGGAAUGGCCCAAACCUGUCCUGCUCAAAGAACCGGAAGAAAGCAACCUCAACUUGCCCAUCUGGGACCCCCGGGUAAAUCCCUCGGACCGAUACCACUUGAUGCCGAUCAUCACACCGGCUUAUCCGCAGCAGAACUCCACCUAUAAUGUGUCCACUUCCACUCGUGCAAUCAUGGUAGAAGAAUUGAAGUACGGUCUUGCAGUUGCAGAAGAGAUAUUCCAAGGAAAAUCGGACUGGCCAAAGCUGCUGGAACCACCCAACUUUUUCCAAAAGUACAAGCAUUACAUCGUACUGACUGCCAGUUCGUCCACCGAAGAGCAUCACUUAGAAUGGGUUGGUCUGGUAGAAUCUAAAAUCCGUGUGUUGGUUGGAAACUUGGAACGGAACGAAUUUAUUACCAUCGCACAUGUCAAUCCACAAUCCUUUCCCGGGACUGGGGCUCAAUGCAAAGAAAGUGACUACACGUCAAUGUGGUUUCUGGGAAUAAUUUUUAAGAAAAUGGAGAACGCCGAGAGCGUGAGCAUUGACUUGACCUACGACAUCCAGUCAUUCACAGAUGCGGUUUACAGACAAGCCAAUAACAUCAACAUGUUGAAAGAGGGCAUGAAGAUCGAAGCUACUCACGUGAAAAAGAAACAGCUGCACAAUUACUUGCCUGCCAACGUCUUACAGAGGAGGAAAAAGAGCAUGCCGGAUGUUGGCCGACAGACUUGCGGGCUUGUGUUGAAAAGGUCAUCGUUGGAGAAUGAUUCCUUGGACGUCUACAGGAAUGCAGAUAUGGCGACAGAGAGUAAAGCCGUUUCUUCAUCCAGUGGUUCGGAAAAAUGCGGCAGUAGUUCUGUUUCAAAAGAAACGGAAAGGGGCACUGUCCUUCAAAAGACUCCGAGCCUCCCAAGUCGAGAGAGGCCACUAAAUGCCUUUCCGCUUUCAAAGCCUGCCAUCCCACCCGUUGGUUCGCAGGUGGACUCUGCGGCGGCGGUGGCCAGCAUAACACCUCUGAGCCUCUCGGUGGCCACUCAGCAAAACACAAUCGAUGCGGUUACUUUGUUCAGCUCCACCCAUUCCCAGAAGAAUCCCGAUGAAACAGCUUCAGUAAGCGUUAAAAACAGUUCUGUGCAAAAAAGACUCCACUCACCUGCCUCGGGAGAGUGUCUUAAGCGGCUGAGAGAUACAGAAAAGCAAAGUCUUGGAAGCGCUGUGCCUGCUCAUGCAUCUGACACACUAAGAGCACAGCGUCUUCCCAGUAAAGAACUGCCAGAUUCAUCAUCUCCUGUUCCAACCAGCAGUAUUCGUGUUGUUAAAAACUCCAUCAGACUGACUCUUAACCGAUAACACUGCUUGU